GCAAAAUGGCGUCUCGAACUGGUGGUAAUGUUCGAACUGCUAUUAAGGCCUGUGCACAACGUUUAAGCUACAGAGAAGCAAAGAAAGAACAGCAAGAGGCUAUUAUAAAGUUUGUAGUUGAAGGUCAAGAUGUUUUUGUCUGCCUCCCAACUGGAUUUGGCAAAUCUAUGUGCUUUUUAUGUAUACCAGUCCUAGUGGACAUCAUAACUGGAAAAAGUUCAGCCUGGUCAGUGAUUGUGAUAGUUAGCCCUCUGGUAGCUCUCAUGAAUGAUCAGGUAACAACUCUUAAUAAGAAGGGCCUCAAUGCAGUCAGUAUUGUAGCUGAUAACACUCAUCAUAGUGGUGAUGAUCAGUCUGCAGUUGUGAGGGGAGAUUUUCAGUACAUUUUCACCACACCAGAAAUCCUUCUAUGCAGUAAAGAUUGGAUAAAUGUUUUCCAGAGUCCGUCAUUUGUUGAAAGAUUGGUAGGUGUUAUCAUAGAUGAAGCACAUUGUGUUAAAAAAUGGGGCAGCGACUUUCGUAAGGAGUACAGCAAGUUAGGUGAACUUCGUGGAUUUUUUCCUCCUAAAGUCCACAUCAUGGCUCUUACUGCAACAGCUUCUGCAGCAUCUCGAAAAGAGAUUAUUAAGGUGCUUGGUAUGCUGAAACCUCAUAUGAUAAUCCGAUGUCCUAAUAAGCCAAAUAUUAAAUUAGUUGUUGAGGAGAUGAGGGAUGAUGGCCUUGAUGAGGUAAUGAAACCAUUGGUUGAAGAACUGAAGCGUAAGAGAACUGAUAUGGACAAGACGAUAAUAUUUUGCCGUAGCUAUAAAGAUUGUGCGUCUUUGUACUUUUACUGUAAGGAUGAACUUAAGGACAGUUUUACUGACCCCCCAGGCUAUCCUAAUGUAUCCAAGUUUAGAAUGGUUGACAUGUUUUCAGCCUGCAACUCAUCAGUUAUAAAGAAUCAGAUUGUGGCAAGUUUCUCAUCUCCUAAUAGUCGCUUACGAAUUGUAAUUGCCACUGUUGCCUUUGGUAUGGGCAUUGAUUGUCCGAAUAUAAGGCAAGUAAUUCACUGGAGUCCACCUUCAGAUAUCGAAGCAUAUAUACAAGAGAUUGGUCGUGCUGGGAGAGAUGGUAAAAUGGCCUAUGCAACACUAUUAUACUCCAAGAAGAAUAUUUCUUUACCCUUUAUGGACAGUUCAAUGGUUGUGUAUUGUCGUAAUAACAACACUUGCAGGAGAGAUCUACUUUUCAGAGACUUUGAUUAUACUAGAGAUGAGGAUAUUACUGGCUGUAACUGUUGUGAUCUCUGUACCAUGAUAUGUGAAUGUUCACAUUGUUCUAUUUUUGAUUGAUUACAGUAUUUAAUAUCAUGUUGCAGAUUACAUGUGCAUAUUAUGUUUAUAAUUAUUAUUAUUUUUUUUAUUUAUCCAUUCAUCAAUCAUCAUCCGACUUUCUCUCUUCAUUCCUUAGUUCCUUUCUCGAUGUAAUUUAUUGUUAGUAAUCAAGAUCAUUAUAAUAAUUAUACAAUAAAUUUAAUCAUGUGAUUAUAAAUAAAUAUUUUUAUAAAUCAAAAAUUUUUAGAACUAUUAACAUUAGCGAUGCAAAAGUUUAUAUAGUUGAUCCUUUAACCAGAUUAUUAUGUCUUCAUUUUUAAUACUCCCCACUCUGUUGCUCUUAAAUGAUUUUACUUCACUAUGUUUCCUAUUAGGCCUGUUUUCAAACACAUCAGCUUUUCUUAACUCCUCUAAAACAGAGUUUAAAUCACGAACAGAUGAACGAGAUGUGUGCCACCCUGACUCUAUUUGUAUGCCUGUUGUGAGGUCAUAGUUGUUUCUGAUUUCAAUCAGUUGUCGUAAGCAUAAUCCCACACGUUUAAUUGUAUUCUCUGCCACAUU